AUGAGUUCGAAAAAGGAUAUCCUCAGCUCGCCGAAAUUGUUAUCGGACAUCAAUCCGAUCAUCUUCCGCGGCAGGAACCACAUCGCCUGUGUGCGGUGCAAGAAUCAGAAGAUCAAAUGUUCUGGGGCCAAGCCAACUUGCGACAAUUGCAAGCUCACGGGCAAUGAGUGUGUGUAUCCGUUCAAAGACCGCAAGAUUAUCAUUUUGGAGUCGCAAUUGCAGCUGUUGCAGGCGCGCAUCAAAGAGCUGGAGGACUAUAUCAAUGGCGAGGCCGCCGAUAACGGCAAGGCCAGCUCACAGACCGACCACCGCGCCUUCCUGCCGCUCCAGUUCCAUACCAACAACGAGCGCCUCGACAACGUCAUCAACGUGUCCUUUGGUGACUCCGAGCAGCAAGAGCGCAGCGUCCAGCCGCCACAUCCCUCCAGCAUCAACUACCAUGUGUCGGACCUCUAUUUUGCGGCGACUGACGAUUGCGUGCUCUCUCUGCCAGCACGCGAAUACGCCGAGCCGCUCGUGAGCCUGUGUCUGGCGCAUUUCCGCGACUCGCACUAUCUUUACGAGGAGACAGAGUUUGUGGCCGAGUUCAACAGGGUCUACGACACAGGCGUGUGCUGCUCGCCACAGCUGCUGUCCAAGAUCUUCAUCACGCUCGCCAUCGGCGAGCAGAUCCUCUACUCCAUCAAGUCGCACCAGCUGUCGCUCGCAGAGCUUGACCGCGAGCUGUCGUCCAAGCGGCAUUUUGUCAACAAGACGCCUGGUCUCAAGUACUUCCUUGCCGGCGCGCGCAUCUUCCCCGUCCACGUCGAGAUGCCGACUCUGCCCGCGAUCCAGACAGCGCUGCUCAUCGGGUACUAUCUGCAAUCGCUCAACCGCAUCACCGGGUCGUACGUGUGGUUUGGCGUGGCCACCCGGUGGGCGCUCUCGCUCAACCUGCACCUGCGGCAGCCGUAUCUGACUCCGCAGGAGAUCUCACGCCGUAAGCGCGUGUGGUGGACCGUGUUCACGCUGGACUCACUCGCCACGUCGCGCAUUCGGCUGCCCCAGAGCGUCAAGUUCAACGAGACCCAGAUCGACCUCAUCAGCGAGCACGACUGCGCCGAGUGGGGCGGCGCGCGGUUCCUGUACCUGCAGGUCUCGCUCAUCAAGUUCACAGACGACAUCCUCAACUCCGUGUACAACAUGACGUCGCGUAGCGUGUACACGGGCGAAAAGACGGGGCUUGGCACAGACCUGGUUGCAAACACGGUGAAAAUGGUGAGGGUGCUCGAGGAUAACUUCGAGAAGGACGUGGCCCGCGACUUCGAUCAGCUGCGCAAAGAAAUGUACGACAACAAGCUGUGCGAGCUGCACCAGCCGCUCAUCCACGUGUAUCUCAAGUCGAACCAGUACUUCAUCACCGCCUGCCGGCCGCUCGCGCUUGCCGUGUUCAAGAAGUUCAUCGCCACAGAGGACGCCCGCAUCACACAGGUGCUGCGCAAGUGCAUCAACGCCGCCAAGGAAACCAUCUCUGUACUGCGCCACCUCAAGCUGCUCAAACUGCUGAUCACCUUCGACUACUGGCACACACACUUCCUCUUCAACUCGAUCCUCAUCCUGCUCAUCACGCUCAACCUCGAAAACAACCACGCAGCCCUCACGCGCGGCAUCGACCUGCUUAAGUUCAUGGCCCUUGCAGGCAACCACGUCUCCAAAGACUCGCUCAACAAGCUGAUCCAGCUCGUGCGCAUCUUCAACGACCUCGGCUUCAACCUCGACUUCGAUCUCACACUGCCCAAGUUCGACACCUCCUACGCGCCACAGACGGUCGACAGCCCCGAAGACAGCGUCGAUAUCCAGCUCAUCCACCCUGACACCAACCCCAUGGACCAGAACAUCCAGGACCAGAUCGACCAGACAAACUUCCAGCUGCAGCAGCAACAGCAGCAGCUGCACCACCACACAGAACAGCUGCCCUUCAUGUUCCCAAACCCUGAAGACUUUGCAGGCAAGCAGCCACCGAGCAGCUAUCCGCAGGACGAGCUGUUCAACUCCAACUCGAGCUUUUUCGACAACCUGCUCAAUAACAUGCAGACAUGGGAUCUUGUGCCCAGCUCGACCGGUCCCGACAACAGAACGGAGGCGACUCCCCCUCUGCAAGACCCCAUGUUCUCUACGCCUCCCUUCGCGCCGCCCACCCAGGCUCGUGCAGAACGCUAUCCGCUCAAGUCUAGACCGCUUACGUAA